AAUCAGAUAGACUCACUCCAUUUCAAAUCAGUUUCCUAAAAUACAAUAAUAAUACACUAUGGCAUUAUCACGCGUUGUUCUGCUUCUCGGAGUGUUCUUGCUUCUCUGCCUUUCUAAAGUUUCAUCUGAUGUGAAGAUAGAAGAUGAAGAUGAUGAACAACUGAGCCUGCCCGCGGACAAGCCACUUAUUGUGAGAGACAGCAACAGAAGGCUAAUGCAAGAUAUAGAUUGUGGUGGACUAUGCAAAGAAAGGUGCAGUUUGCACUCAAGACCGAAUUUGUGCAACAGGGCUUGUGGGACAUGCUGUGUGAGGUGCAAGUGUGUCCCUCCUGGUACCGCUGGUAACAGGGAACUAUGUGGUUCUUGCUACACUGACAUGACCACCCAUGGUAACAAGACCAAGUGCCCUUAAGCCUUAACCUAUCUUACAACUUCCCCUUAUGUAUUAUUUCUUCUUUCUUGUGUUGUGUAGUUUGUGCCCUUCUUGUGGUAUGUGAAUCUAGUGUAUAACUGCUUAGUUCGUAUGAGAAAAAUACAAAUAUUUGUCAUUA